AUGGCGUCUACUCAGAGCUUAAUCCCUAGUUCCUACGAAUUCGACACCCUUCAGGAGGCUUUUGGCCUCACUCCGGCUAAUGGGGUGGAGUUUCCAGUCUCUAGUUCUUUGAUCACUCGACCUACGCCUGGUAAGGUGGGUGUUUAUCUGAAAACCUUCGACGCUGGUCUUCGCCUUUCGUUAACUGACAUUCAAGAAGAAAUACUCUGGCGUAACGGGUGCAGUGUUCAAAUGUUAACCCCUGGUGUUUUUCAUAAGAUAGUCGCGUUCGAGAUGAUUUGUCGAGCUAAUGGCAUCGUUCCUGACUACUUCGUUCCCGACACCCUUCAGGAAGCUUCAUCCUUCGCAGCUUCCAGUGCCAUAUGA